AUGGAUUUUGCCGGCGGAAGCAACAAGGCGGACCACCUCUGCGUCUUGGUUCAUGGACUAUGGGGGAACCCGAACCACAUGAACAACAUUGCCAAGACGCUGCGAGCUCAACACUCCCCCGACGACCUCUACCUCUUACUGGCCAAGCGAAACAGCGGCAGCUUCACCUACGAUGGCAUCGAGCUUGGUGGCGAGCGAGUCUGCGCCGAGAUUAUAGAAGAGCUCAAGACCAUUGAGAACAAUGGCGGCAAGAUUAGGAAGCUGAGUGUCGUAGGAUACUCGCUCGGCGGGCUGGUAUCGCGAUAUGCAGUCGGCCUGCUGUACGCAAAGGGCAUUCUGGACUCGGUUGAGUGCAUGAACUUUACGACGUUUGCUUCGCCACAUCUGGGAGUACGCACUCCUCUCAAAGGAUGGCAUAAUCACAUAUGGAAUGUGCUGGGCGCGAGAACAUUGUCAAUGUCCGGGAGCCAACUAUUCACCAUUGACAAGUUUCGAGACACCGGCCGCCCCUUACUAUCUGUCAUGGCCGAUCCGCAAUCUAUUUUCAUGCUGGGGCUGCAAAAGUUUAGGAGACAUACGUUGUACAGCAAUAUCGUUAAUGACCGAAGUGCGGUUUACUAUACGACCUGUAUAGAAAAGACGGAUCCAUACAAGGAUAUAGAUCGGAUCAAGGUCAACUUUCUUAAAGAUCAAGAGGGUGUACUAUUAGACGCUGCGCAUCCCUUCUCUCCGCGACCCAAAGUCCCCGCACCAAUUACUAUUUCAUCGCUGACCGAAAUGGGUGUGCGAUGGCUGAGAGGAAUCCCAUUCAUGGUCACAGUAUCGGUUCUGGUGCCUAUUGGCGUGGUGGCCUAUCUUAUCAACUCGGUUUUUCAAACCAUACGAAGCACAAAGCGCAUCAAGCUACAUGAAGGUGGCCUAGCGGGCAUCGACAUCAGGGAGUACCGGGUCCCCAUCCUGAUCAAGGAGUUUCGUGAAGAGGUCGAACACGUCUACGAGGCCCUGAACAACUCGCAGCACCAAGAAUACUUGGCGGACGAAGACGAAGACGAAGAGACGGGCAUGAAUGCCGAAGAUAGAAGCACAAUGGCUCGAGAGAGGAGAAUGUCCAUCCCUACGCAGCCAACGCUGGCCUUGGCACCAUGCCAGUUCGAGAUGAUUCGAUCCCUAAACUCACUCAAAUGGAGGAAAUACCCCGUCUGGAUUCAAAAUGACCGACACACGCAUGCGGCCGUCAUUGUACGCUUUGAGAAGAAGACGUUUAACGAGGGUUGGGUGAUUUUGCGACACUAUGCGGGCGAAGAGUUCUUGCUAUAG